AUGGCACAGCUCCCUCACACUCCCCCCGUCCCUCAUCUCCCCGUCCCUCAUCUCCCCAUGCCUCUCCUCCUCAUCCCUCAUCUCCCCAUCCCUCACCUCCCCGACCCUCAUUUCCCCAUCCCUCUCCGCGGCAUCUCUCAUAUCCCCAUCCGUCACCUCCCCAUGCCUUACCUCCCCACCCGUCAUCUUACCAUCCCUCAUCUCCCCAUGCCUCUUCUCCCCAUCCCUCAUCUCCCCAUCCCUCUUCUCCCCAUCCCUCAUCUCCCCAUCCCUCUCCACCCCAUCCCUCAUCUCCCCAUCCCUCAUCUCCCCAUGCCUUAUCUCCCCGUCCUUCACCUCCCCAUUUCUCUUCUCCCCAUCCCGGAAUCUCCCCAUCCCUCACCUCCCCGCCCCUCAUCUCCCCUUCCCUCGUCUCCCAAUCCCUCUUCUCCCCCGUCCCUCAUCUCCCCGUCCCUCACCUCUCCAUGCCUCUUCUCCCCAUGCCUCAUCUCCCCAUCCCUUAUCUCCCCAUCCCUCAUUUCCCUGUCCCUCAUCUCCCCAUCCCUCUCCUCCUCAUCUCUCAUAUCCUUAUCCGUCACCUACCCAUUCCUUAUCUCCCCAUCCCUCAUCUUUCCAUCCCUCAUCUCCCCUUCCCUCAUCUCCCCAUCCCUCAUCUCCCCAUCCCUCUCCUCCUCAUCUCUCAUAUCCCCAUCCCUCACCUCCCCAUGCCUUAUCUCCCCAUCCCUCAUCUUACCAUCCCUCAUCUUACCAUCCCUCAUCUCCCCAUCCCUCUUCUCCCCUUCCCUCAUCUCCCCAUGCCUCAUCUCCCCAUCCCUCAUCUCCCCAUGCUUAUCUCCCCAUCCAUCAUCUCCCCAUCUCUCUUCUCCCCAUCUCUCUUCUCCCCAUCCCGGGUUCUCCCUAUCCCUCACCUCCCCAUCGCUCAUCUCCCCUUCCCUCGUCUCCCAAUCCCUCUUCUCCCUGUCCCCAUCUCCCCGUCCCUCAUCUCCCCUUGCAUCUUCUCCCCAUCCCUCAUCUCCCCAUCCCUCAUCCCAUUUCCCCAUGCUCAUUCUGAUCUGA